UUUGCAAGAAAAAAAGAAGAGGGACAAUUAUGGAAAAUAUUAAAUUUUCAUCAGCCAUAUUUCUUUUGGUUUUACAAACAACAAUAUUUCUUGUGUCUGCUUAUGAUCCCAGCCCUCUCCAAGACUUCUGUGUAGCCAUUGAUGAACCCAAAUCUGCUGUAUUUGUGAACGGAAAGUUCUGCAAGGAUCCGAACCAUGUGAAUGCGGACGACUUCUUCUUUUCGGGACUCGACGUUGUGGGCGAACCAAACAAACAGGGUUCAAACGUGACUCAAGUUAACGUAGGCAACUUAAAAGGACUCAACACUUUAGGCAUCUCCUUGGCCCGCCUCGACUUCGCUCCAUAUGGGCUUAAUCCGCCCCACACCCACCCGCGAGCCACCGAAAUUCUUGUAGUGAUCGAAGGCAGUUUGCACGUCGGGUUCGUGACGUCAAACCCGAACAAACUCUUCACCAAAGUGCUUAACAAAGGAGAUGUGUUUGUGUUUCCGAUCGGGCUCAUUCACUUCCAGCUGAACGUCGGGCAUGGCCCGGCCCUUGCUUUUGCGGGACUUAGCAGCCAAAAUGCAGGUGUUAUUACAAUUGCUGAUGCUGUGUUUAACUCUGAUCCCAUGAUCUCUCUUGAUGUGCUCACCAAGGCCUUCCAAGUUGACAAGAAUGUUAUUCAAUAUCUUCAGAAGCAAUUUAAGUGAGGGAAAUUAUGGAAUAGUUUCAAAGAUAUGUGCUUUUAAAUUAUAUAUGCACCCAUAAGUUACUAGUUAUGUGUUGUGUUGUUGCUGUGUUUCUCAAAUUUCAAAGUGAAUAAAGCGGGUUGCAAUAUUAAUUA